AAACAUCAUGUAAAUAUCGUACUAUAUGGCCAGAGUUAUUAUAUUCAAACUCUAUUUCUACUGGGCCACACUACUCGUACAAUGAAGGCAACUUUUUUAUUUUGCCGUGACUUUUCCAUUAUUUCUCAAGCCAGUGUUCCUCCUCUGGCUCUGUGCGGUAUUCCUGCCCAAGCUAAUUYAACAUAAUGCAGCGAUUUAAGUGGAAUUUUUAACGACCCGAGCCCUAAUUUCCAUAUGCAGAUCUGUCUCUCCCAACCGUACCYCUCGCCAUCACACCAUUUCUUGCAUUCUAAUGCAUUCUCACAUCUUCACAAAAUCCUCCCUUCUACCACUCGCCGUGGAUGUGCUCGUUUUUGUUAAGUUAAAAAAAAAACAACGCUUUUCCCUCCCCCUCUACACAUUUAACUUGCGCGGCCGAGAGAUGCACAAUAAACGCGGUGUUUUGCAUGAUUUACUUUGCAUCUUUUAUCUGCACCAGUCAGCGGAGACAGUUUAAAAAAUGGACACGUCGGGAAUUAUUAUCGCUUUUUUUCUUCAAAUGGAAGCUUCGACCUGCCGCUCUGCUUUCACCAGGAGGCAGUCCGACUGUGAAGGCUCUGUCGCCUGGAUGAGAAAGGCUUGAUGUUCAGUGCACUUGUGCUGCUGUGUUGCUGCCUGCUGCAGAGCAAACAUGCGACCACAGAGGGGCAUUGUGAGACCAACCGCCAUGUCUUCUAUGUCGUUCAAAUGGACGGAGGCACCCGGGCUGUCAGAGCUCUGGCCGAGCAGCACAGACUGGAGUUCAUACAACGGGUUGGCAGCCUGGAGGGUUUGUACACCCUGAGAGACAGCAGGUGGCGCCCUGACAGAGUUACCUUUGAGGGUGGACUUGUGAAUGCAGCAGGGGUUCACUGGGUGAAAAGACAGCACUGUCAUUAUAGAGAGAAGCGGAUUCCCCCAAUGAGACAAAACCAUGAAGGUUCCCAGAGGACUACAGCUGACAGCCCAUCUGAGCAGAGGAGGAGUGACCAGUCCCUCACCUUCAAUGACCCACUCUGGCCCAUGCAGUGGGAAUUGUUUGCACAGGGAGAGUACAACUCCAGUGGAUUUGACCUGAAUGUGAUGCCAGUUUGGAAGAACAACAUUACCGGCCGAGGCGUGGUGGUCAGCAUCAUUGAUGAUGGUAUCAAUUAUUCAAACAUGGACCUGAAGAAAAACUUUGAGGCUCUCGCCAGUUUUGACCUGCGUGCCUCCCACGGUCUGUCUCAUGAUCCCAUGCCUGUCAGAGACGAGGAGAACAGUCACGGUACACGUUGUGCAGGGGAAGUUGCUAUGGAGGCCAACAACUCCUACUGUGGUGUGGGCAUUGCCUUUAAUGCCAGAAUUGGAGGUAUCCGCCUGCUGGAUGGUAAGGUCACUGAUGCCAUGGAGGCCACAGCCCUGACCUACAACAUGCACCUGAUCGACAUCUACGUGUGCAGUUGGGGCCCACGAGACAACGGGGCUGAGAUGGACGGGCCGCACCCCCUGACAGCWCAGGCCCUUCAGCUAGGAACUCACAAGGGCCGAGAUGGAAAAGGCAGUAUUUUUAUGUGGGCGGCAGGUAAUGGUGGGAUGCAGCACGACCACUGCGGUGCAGACGGUUAUGUUAACUCCAUCUACAACAUUGCUAUUGGCGCCAUCACUCAGACUGGGAAGCCAGCAUACUUUGGUGAACCCUGCCCUGGAGUGAUGGCUGUCACCCUGACAGGAGCCGGCGUGGGAGGAUCCCUACCUUUGGUGACUGUGACUAACACUGGCGAUGGAUGUGCCACACACUUUCCAGGAACAUCCAGUGCCGCUCCGAUUGCUGCAGGGAUUGUAGCUCUUGCCUUAGAAAUAAAUCCGAAGCUGACGUGGAGGGAUGUUCAGCAUCUGAUUGCCAAUACAGCCAAGAUUCCUGAUCCUAAAGAGCCUGGCUGGACCAUCAAUGCUGCAGGAUAUCAUGUGCACCACAGGUACGGCUUUGGAUUGUUGGAUGCUGGGCUGAUGGUGCAGCAGGCCGCAUUAUUCCACACUGUUGCUCUGCAGAGGAAAUGCACACAGGAAGUCACAUUUCACUCUGCCAGAUUUUUUUCUCCCGGAGGCCAAGCGAGGAUCAGUAUCCAGUCAGAGGGCUGCAGAGGAAAGUCCAAUGAGGUCAACGCUCUGGAGCAUGUGCAGGUGACAGUGAGUAUUAACGCAGUGUGUCGCGGUGAYCUCUCCAUAAGUCUGGAGUCUCCAGGAGGCACAGUGUCUCUGCUGUUGGACACACGACCCAAUGAUGCCUCCGCUGCAGGACUAAAAAACUGGACCCUGAUGACAGUGCACUGUUGGGGGGAGCAGCCACAAGGCCAAUGGAUUCUCAAGGUGACAGACCACAAAGGCACAGUGAGGGGCUGCACAAGGCCGAGUGAGGAGGAGGAGGCUGCUGGAGCUUUGCUUGGAGCUACACUCAUCCUCUAUGGCACCUACCAGCCAAACAAGACCACCUUCGAGGGGUCCCUGCAGAGCAUUGUGUUCAUGGGGUCGCAUCACCCCAUCCCUCACGGUGGGUUGUACCGGAGGAACCCCUCCACUCCUCUGGAUCUGCUUCAAAGAGUUUACCAAAUGGAAAGAGACGGGAAGGUGCGGGCCGCUGACAUCACGCCCCCUGCCAAAGCCAAGAUGUUGAAAACUCCUGGAACCAGAAAGUCUAUGGAUGUGGAUGGGCUCGUGCGAACCACAACUACUUUCAAAUUACAUCCGACAGUCGGGGUACAGGGGUCCCUCCCAGGAUCGGGAUCGGCUGCUGAGAACAAACGUCCUAAAACCAGGACCCUCAGGAAGGAGGUGGACAGGAAGAGCCGGUCCUCCCCGUCUCGUGCUGUCAAAGAUGUCUCCGUGAUGAAGCCGCAGCUGUCAGACUCUUCAGACCCAACAGAUGAAGACUGAGCAGAGAGGUGGUGGGGGGUGGGGGUGAAGCCUCCGACGUGAAGCACAGUUAAAUAAAGACUGUUGUUUUCCACAGUACAGCAAGCCAAUUGAUCACAAAUCAA